CAAUUUGCUUUGCCAAGAAUGUUUCUAGGGUUCAUCGAUCCAUUGUCUAUCAUUUAUUUGUUUACGGCUGUUAUUCUUGAGGUUCAAAGAAUUUGAAAUUGUUUAAAUUUUUCAUCAUAAAAGUGUUCUAAUAAAUCUGCCAAAAUUUUUCCAACAGCUAAUAUGAUGAUGGGCGGUGGUGGCGGCCCUCUCGGUCCAGGUUUACCUGGAUUGCUGCCACCUGGAGCAUUGGGUGAAAUGCCUCCACAUCCACUUGGUCCUGGACCACCACCUGGGCAUCCUGGAGGUAUUCCUGGGAUGCAGCCACAUGGACCAUCGGGACCACCACCAGGAUUGGGAACACCAUUACCGGGUAGUUUUGGUAAUCAUCGUCCUGGUGGUCAAAUGCCACCAGUUCCUCCUCAAUCUCACAACACAUCUUCAUCACAUUCAUCUUCACAUCAUCAUGGACCAUCACAAAGUCGCCAAUCAACAUCAUCGUCAAGCGAACGAGAUCGAAAACCAAAUUAUCGUUGUAUUAUAACGUUAUCUGGCCAUAACAAGGCUGUAUCAUCGGUGAAAUUUUCCCAUAAUGGCGAUUGGCUUGCAUCAAGCUCUGCAGAUAAAAUGAUCAAAAUAUGGAAUGUUAGCGAUGGUAAAUUUGAGAAAACGAUCGUUGGUCAUAAACUUGGUGUCAAUGAUGUUUCGUGGAGUUCAGAUUCUCGUUUACUUAUUUCUGCAUCCGAUGAUAAAACUUUGAAAAUUUGGGAGAAUGCUACCGGAAAAUGUCUGAAAACAUUGAAAGGACACAGUAACUAUGUUUUUUGCGCUAAUUUCAAUCCCCAAUCCAAUCUUAUUGUAUCCGGAUCGUUUGAUGAAUCAGUUCGUAUUUGGGAUGUGAAAACCGGAAAAUGUUUGAAAACUUUACCUGCACAUUCGGAUCCUGUAUCGGCUGUUCAUUUUAAUCGUGAUGGAACAUUGAUUGCUUCCAGUUCAUAUGACGGGCUUUGUCGUAUUUGGGAUACUAGUUCUGGACAAUGUCUAAAAACACUCAUUGAUGAUGACAAUCCACCCGUUUCAUUUGUAAAAUUCUCACCAAAUGGUAAAUACAUUUUGGCCGCAACAUUGGAUAAUACAUUGAAGUUAUGGGACUAUUCCAAAGGAAAAUGUUUAAAAACAUAUACAGGACAUAAGAAUGAAAAAUACUGCAUUUUUGCCAAUUUUUCCGUCACUGGUGGCAAGUGGAUUGUUUCCGGUUCAGAGGAUAACAUGGUAUAUAUUUGGAAUUUACAAACCAAAGAAAUCGUGCAAAAAUUGGCUGGCCAUAAUGAUGUUGUACUGUGUACAGCAUGUCAUCCAUCCGAAAAUAUAAUUGCAUCAGCUUCAUUGGAGAAUGAUAAAACUAUAAAAUUAUGGAAAAGCGAUUAUUAAUUGAUUUUAUUUUCCAAUUUUUCCUACUUAUCAUAACGUAACAUUUUUUUUUUGUAGAGAGAAAUGAAAUAUUCAUCACUUGUAAGUCUAUGCAUGUUUUGACAAUGAUCUCUGGUUUCUCCAAGUAUUCCCUAUUCAUUUCUGGAAAGGAAUUAAAAAUAUGAGCGUUUUACAUGACAAA